CUCGGAGGUGAUAGGUGGAGGCAGUUUCUGUCUUGACCUGGUGUCGGAUAAAGUUGGUAUCGCAGCAGAUAUGAGAUCAUCACUGGUCUUCUCCCCUAUUCUGAGUUCGUGGUCUGGAGCCACGGGGACGCGGACGGGUCUGACCGUGUCUGGGUGAGCCCACCCCCACGUCUUGAAUUUGCAACUUUCCGGAACAUAAUCCAAGCACUGACUUCUGAUCGUCUCGAUGUGAAUGUUCGCAGCGCAGAAGGAGACCAUUCAACCCUUCGGAUCUUGUACUAGCUCCACUUAAAAUAAAUCCAGCGAGUUCCACUCCCCUGCCCUCUCGUUACCCUGCAAGUCUCUUUCCUUUCUGAUCCUCCCGACCUCCCUUUAGAUCUUCACUUCCAAAUCUGCCGUGUAAAACAAAUGCUUCUAAUACAGGACACAUUAAAAAAAACUUUGUUAACAGCACGGUAACAGGUUCUACUGGCCCAACGAGUCCGCGCCGCCCAUUUGAACCCAUGUUAACCUACCUAUAGGUCUCCGGAAUGUGGGAGGAAACCGGAGCACCCGGAGGAAGCCCACGGAGACACGGGGAGAACGUACAAACUCCUUACAGGCAGCGACGGGAAUUGAACCCCUAUCACUAGCGCCUUAAUAGUGUCGUGCUCAGCGCUGUGCUACCGGGCCGCCCCUGGAACUUCUGAUCAAGAACAAUAUAACUGAAUUCUCACUCAGCAACUUCUACUUUCGAUCCAGUUUUUGUUUACACAAAUCUCAGUUUUUGCAAUACUGCUGCCACCACCUCCAAUGCAGUUGAGAAAUGAAGCCAAAUCUGGAGGGUAUCCAGCCCUCUCCUUCCACCGGGACUCCCCCACCGGGCCUGUUACUUUCCCUGCACCUAUUCAUAGCCGACUGUCGGUGCCACAUCAGCCCUCUUGACAUUUCUGCCCACCUGACCGACUCCAACCUCACCCCUUCUGAACGCUCUGCUCCCCACUGCCUCUGCACCAACCCUGACAUUCUCAUCAAACCAGCUGACAAAGGUGGUGCCGUGGCAGUCUGGCGAACUGACCUCUCUCUUGCAGAGGCCAGAAACCAACUCUCGGACAGUUCCUCCCUCCUACCCCUGAACCAUGACCCCACCGAGGACCACCAGGACAUGAUCUCCAGCACCAUCACUGACCUCGUCACCUCGGGAGAUCUCCCUCCCACAGCUACCAACAUGAUAGUCCAACAGCUUAUGACUGCCUGCUUCUAUCUUCUCCCCAAGAUCCACAAGAAGGACUGUCCCGGCAAAGCUAUUGUCUCCACACGCACUUGCCCGAUGGAGCUUGUGUCCUCCUACCUGGACACUAUCCUGUUCACCCUGCCCCAAUCUCUUCCCACCUACGUCUGUGACACAUCACACGCUCUCCAACUCUUCUGUAGCUUUAAGUUCUCCGGCAUGCAUAACCACAUCUUCACCAUGGACGUCCAGUCCCUAUGUACUUCCAUUCACCAUCUUGACGACUUCCCUUGACCUCCACAAAGGUGUAGCUAUGGGCACUCAGAUGGGCCCCAGCUAUGCCUACCUUUUCAUUGGCUACAUUGAACAGUCUCUGUUCCAAGCCUACUCCAGCCCCAUUCCUCAACUUUCUCUGCUAUAUCAACGAUUCCAUUGGUGUCACCUCUGCAGAACUCGACAGUGUCAUAAAUUUCACCACUCAUUUUCACCCAGCUCUCCAAUUCACUUGGACUAUCUCUGACACCUCUCCCUCCUUGCUCAAUCUUUCCGUCUCCAUCUCAGGAGAUUGCUUAUCCAUUGUUAUCUUCUACAAACCCACUGAUGCCCACAGUUACCUCGAUCACAGCUCCUCCCACCCUGUCUCUUGCAAGGACGCUCUCCCUUUUUCUCAUUUUCUCCACCCCCACCAUAUCCGGUCCCAUGAUGAGGCUUUCCACUCCAGGACAUCCGAGAUGUCCAACUUCUUAUCUCACCGGAGCUUCCGGCCGACUGUGGUUGAGUGAGCUGCCACCCGUAUCUCUGACAUUUCCAUACCUCCGCUCUAACCCCCACCCCUCCCAGACCCAACAGGAAUGGGGUGCCCCUUCUCCCCACAUUUCAACCCUCCAGCCUACGUAUCCAACACAUCAUUCACCACCACUUCCGCCAUCUCCAACGGGACCCCCCCCCCACUAAGCAUAUCUUCCCCUCCCCACCCCUUUCUGCCUUUCACAGGAACUGCU